GCUUUUCGGGUGUAACGCCGCAAUCAGUCAAUCAGUCAUCGGGCUUUAGAUUAGUUAUCGGAUGCAUCCGAAGGGCAGCGGGGAAAAAGUCUUAUCGAUGAACCUAGGCAAGUUUUCGAUUGCUGGAGCCAUCAAUUACAAAUCGCGUCAUACCAUCCCAUCUUUUUCUCUUAGUCGCCAACUUGUUCCUACCGUCAUUCCCGCCAACAAGGAAAAACUCUUGCGACAAUAAAAAUUUCACCAUCAUCUACUUCUUAACAACUCCAGAUACAUAACUUUGUACAUUAGCAUAUCGCAUAUUAUCAAAUAUUAGCACAAUGGCGUCUCAAGGUAUCUCAAUGCCUUCUAUUCCCUCGAAAUCUGAGGCCCAACCUAUCGUUAGCACAAGCACCGAUGCUACAUCUAAGCCCAAGCCUUGCUGUGUAUGCAAGAACGAGAAAUCCAAGCGUGACGAAUGCAUGCUAUUCUCUAAGGCCGCCGAUCCCGCUGGCGAUUGCAAGACCACCAUCGAUCAAUACCGGAGUUGCAUGGCCGGAUUCGGAUUCCAAGUAUAAUAGGAAAGGAGUAGCAGAAGCUAGCGUGAGAGAG